AUGCCUCUGCCCGGCCAGAUCCUGCCUGCCCUGGUCCUGCUCCUGGCAGGGCCUCCAGGCUGGGCCUACCCCAGCCACUGUGGGACCCCAGGCCAUACCGUGUGUGACUUCGUGUGUGACUGCAGGGACUGCUCCGAGGAGAUCCAGCGCAGUCACAGUGGGGUCUCGCACGCCCGGAGCACCCCCUUCACCUGCGACUUUGAGUAGGACUCCUGGGGCUGGCGAGACAUCAGCACCUCGGGCUGCACGCGGGACCAGGCGGGAGCCGCGCGGGGCCCCGGUCUGCGCUCAGACCACACUCUGGGCACUGACCUGGGCUCGUGCAUGGCCGGUGGCACCCAUCCUGGGAAAGAGGCAUCUGUUGCAGCCCGGUGCUCCCCUGUGCUACGUGAGGCAGCCCCUGCCUGUGAGCUGAGGCUCUGGCACCAUGCAGCCUCUGGAGAGGUGGCUGAGCUGAGGCUGGAGCUGACCCGCAGCACUGAGACGCUGGCCCUGUGGCAGAGCCCAGGGCCCUGCGGUCCUGGCUGGCAGAAGCUGGUGGUGGCCCUUGGCUGUAUCUGGGGGCCACUUCCGGGACCGUGUUCUCUUCAGCUGACCUCUGCCACCCGAAACGUCACCCACAGGGAUGCUGUGGCUUUGGAUGACAUGGCCUUCCAGGGCUGUGGGCUGCCCUCGCCCCAGACACGCUGCCCCCAGGGGCAUCACCACUGCCGAAACGAGGCCUGCGUGCAGCCCCACCCGCUGUUCCACGGUGAGUGUGACUGUGGAGACAGUUCAGAUGAGCACACGCCCACUUACAGCCACCACAUGUCCACCGACUUUGAGACGGGGCUGGGCCUGUGGAACUACUUGGAGGGCUGGGGCUGGAACCACAGCGCCAGACGGGCCCAGCACCCCGAGCGCCUCACCUGGCCGUGCCGAGACCACAGCUGGAACAGCUACUUCCUGGCCUCUGGCUGUGCCCGGUGCCUCUGCUGUUCUCCUCAGCCCCGGGUUCCAGGCUUCGGGUCCCUGUGGCUGCUCAGUGUGCUCAUCUUCUACCACGACCUACACGGGUCUGAGCCCGGCCUCCUCUGGCUGCACCUGCAGGUUCAGAGCCCGGCAGCUGCUGAGCCCGUCCUGCUGCGCAGGUGCCACAGGGAGCUGGGGGCCACCUGGGUUCGAGACUGGGUUGACAUCCAGAGCAAGCACCCCUUUCAGAUUCUCCUGGCUGGACAGACGGGUCCCAGGGGCGUCGUGGGCCUGGACAACCUCAUCCUGUCUACCGGCUGCGGACCGGCCCUGGGUGAGCCUGCUGAGCCCCUCCCUCCCCAGGCAAGCCCGGCCCCCGCACCCGCGCCCCCAUUCUGUUCUGCCCUACAGAGUUUCUGUGAGCAGGGCCAUCUCUCCUGCGGUGACCUGUGUACCGCCCCCCCCCCCCAGCAGCUGUGUGACUUCCAGCAGCAGCAGUGUGAGGGGGGCGAGGAUGAGCAGGACUGUGGGGAGGGCACCAAGGACUUCGAGCACCCCACGGCAGGGGGCUGGGAGGACACCAGGGUGGGGCGGCUGCAGUGGGGUCGACUCCCAGCCCAGGACAGCGGGGCCCCCAGCGAGGAUGCUGGUGGGGCUGCUGCUGGGCACUUCCUGUCCCUGCAGAGAGCCUGGGGGCAGCUGACCUGGGAGGCCCUCAGGCCCCACCAUGAACUCCACCUGGCUCACUACUUCCAGAGUCACACCCAAGGCUUCCUGGCCCUACUCAUGGUGCAGGGCGGCACCCGGGAGCCAGUGUGGGAGGCCCUGAGUGGCAGCAGAGGCUGUGUCUGGGAGGUGGACACAGUCCUGUCGGGGAGACACCAACGGCCUUCCCGGACGAGCAGGCUGGAGUCUGUCGGCCUGGUGGACGUGGACAGCCCUGGUCAGCAGGGUGCUGGGGUGGACAAUGUGCUCAGGAAGGACUGCAGCCCCACCAAGAAAGACACAGAGGUCUCCUGUAACUUCGAGUGGGGCACAUGCAGCUGGCACACUGGCCACCUCACAGACACCCACUGGCACCAGGUGGAGAGCCAGGGCCCCCGGCACAACUACAGCACAGGCAAAGGCCACCUCAGGCUCCUGGACCCCACAGACCCUCCAGCCCGAGGCCCUGGGGCCCACCUGCUCACCCAGCCCCAGACGGCGGCAGCUGCUCAGGAGCGCCUCUGGUACCACCUCCACGGCCCCAGAUUGGACGGAGAACACGCCGCUGUGGUUGCAGUCAGGCACCCGCGGAACCGCUGGCACGAGGCCUGGGCCGCGCUCCACCGCCAGACUGACUCUGGUGCCCAGUACCAACUGCUGUUUGAGGGCCUCUGGGAUGGGUACCAGGGCACCAUGGCGCUGGGCGAUGUGGCCUUGCAGCCUGGGCCCUGCUGGCCCGAGUGCCGCUCCUCUGAGGACUCGGCCUGAGGCUUCUCCACGGGGGGGGGGGGGGGGGGGACCAUCUGGGGCCCUGGUGCUGACCACACUUUGAAAACAGCUCAGGGGCACAACCUGAUAGUGGCCAGGAGCCCACAGUCCCUGCCCAGAGGUCAUGUGGCCUCCCUGACCUCAGAGAAGCACAGGCCACUGGCCCAACCCGCCCGCCUGACCUUCUGGCCCCACCUGAGCAUCCACAACCCAGGUACCCUGCAGGUCCACGUGGAGGAGGCCGAGAGGCGACAGGUGCUCAGCAUCAGCAACCACGGAGGUCGUGCCUGGCGCCUGGGCAGUGUGGGCGUGCAGGCCCAGUGGGCUGGAGGUUGAGUGCCGGGGCAUGGCCCCCCCUCACCCGGUCCCUGGGCUGUGGUGUUUGAGGCCGCGGCCACUGGCGCAGAGUGCUCCUACAUCGUUCGGGAUGACCUGCUCCUGUGACACGGGCCUUGCCCUGGUCAGGGGGGAAGCCUGCCGCCUGGCGCCGGGGCCUGCUUGACCUGCCAUGGCCUGCCAUGGCUUGGCCUGGGUGGGUACAGCUGGGACUGGAGCAGCAAAAACACACCCUCUCCAUACCCCCACCCCAUGAACCACACCCUGGGCACUGAUGCAGGCCACUCUGAAACCAGCUUGCUGGGCCCAGGGGGCCGGGUGGCCUGGCUGCACAGCCAGCCUCUGCCAGCAGAGGCUACCUGCCUGUGCUUCUGGUACCACCUGGGCUUCCCCGAGCACUUCCACAAAGGUGAGCUGAGGGUGCUUCUGCACAGCACCCGGGGCCAGCUGGCUGUGUGGGGCACAAGUGGGCACCUGCAGCGGCAGUGGCUGGAAGGCCAUGUGGAGGUGGCCAGUGCUGAGGAGUUCCAGGUCGUGUUCUAAGCCACUCUGGGGGGCCAGCCAGCACUGGGGCCCAUCACCCUGGACGAUACUGAGUAUCUGGCUGGGCAGCGUUGCCAGCUGCCUGUGCCCAGCCCCGGGGACACGGCAGUGGCCACGGUGGUGUCAGCCUGGGCAGGCAGUGCCCUCCUCUUCCUCGUGUUCCUGGUACUGCUCAGACUCCUGGGACGGCUCUGGCUGCGGAAGAAGGGCUGCCGCUCCUGGCGCAGGACAGGCACCACAGCCCCGGGCCCUGACACCAUCCUCUUCAGUGGGGACCCAGUUGCCCUGCCCGCAUCGGUCACCAGCGACCUGUAG